CCACACUUCAGGCGAUUCCUGUCACGAGACUGAGCAACAAGCGGUAGUGAUUACACUGGACUACAUCCUGAGUUUCCAUCAUACACAUUGAAUUCCGCUGCUUUCCCCGCAUCCUCGAAACGUGUGGCUAGUUAGUAGUGCAGAAGAGGUGCAAGAAAUUGUUCCCCGUUUUUCAUAAGUGAAUCAUUGCUUGCGAAUCGUAGCGUGCGGAGGCAUUUUUACACCGCUUGAGGCUAGUGGGAGUGACUGCAUUUGUGUGCCAGUGAUUGCAAAACGUGACCGAGGAUUAAUUGUGACAAAAUUUAUGGUUGACUCGAAAGAAAGCGCGCUAGUAGUGUAUUGGGAAAACCGAAAGCUUCCGACAAGAAGAAAUUUAAUUGAAUUUUCCCAUCCCGGGGUGGUGUGCGUGUGCCUUUUGGCUGCAGGGAACAGGGAAAAGUGAACACAAAAGUGUGUGGCUGAGUAGGAAAACCAAAAGGAAACAAACCCCUUUCGAGCAGAGAUUUGUGAAUACAAGCUACCCACCUUGAGCUUGUGGGGGCGGUAUUUUUAUAUAGCGUCUGAAACCCACAAAAUAAACUGCAUUUGCUGAUUGAAGGAAAUAUCUAGUCGAACCGCGGGUGUCUCCGGUUGUGUUUGUGCGACCUGCUGCGAAGGAUACGGGACAAAUCGGCGCAGAGACAACAACAAGUGGAGUGGACGUUUCCCAGAAUAGACCGAAGAUAAAAAUAGCUACUUGCACUGCAGCCUACAACAUGGGAAACUUUGGGAUUCUUUUGCCGCCAAAAUUGCUACUGAGGAUUUCGAUGCUGCUCUUCUUGGUCGUUCAUGAUGCAAACUGUCAGUACACAGAAGGUAGUCGACGAUUGAAACCGUGUGAACUGGAAUCACUACUGCGGGACCUAACGUAUCCGGAGGAGGGCUAUGAAAUGCACGCGGCGGCAUUGCGAAACCAGCUAAGAAACAUCCUGGAGAGGGACCCGACGGACGGGGGUUAUCAAUCGCUGGACGAGUACGGCGGCUAUGAGAACACGGGCCCUUAUGAAGACAAACGAUCCUACCGGUCCCUGCUGCGGGAUGGGCCGGUAUUCGGAAAGCGCAACCUAGGCUCGUUGGCACGCGCUGGUAUGCUGAGAACACCUUCCGAUUACAUCAAGCGAAGUAUUGCAACGUUAGCGAAAAACGGACAGCUUCCGUCGAACCGUGAGCCCGAUGCGGAAGAGUCAUCCCUGCCGGAGGAGUGGAGUGACGACAAGCGAAACCUAGGGUCUGCCUUCCGUUCGGGUUACAUGCGGAACGGAAAGCGUAAUAUUGCAUCGCUUGCGAGGAAAUAUGAGCUUCCCGGUAAGCGGAACUUUCAAUCACUGCUGCGCACCGGAAUGCUACCGUCGAUUGCACCCAAGCGUAGCAUGCAGUCACUGGCACGCGAUAAUGCACUCCCACACUAUGCGGGUGGUUUGGAGAAUAAACGCAACAUACAAACAUUGGUACGCGACUGGAAUCUGCCGAAGCACCAGGGCAGCGGAACGGGCGAGAACGAGAAACGCAACAUUCAGUCGCUGAAGAAUUCCCAAGGCCACAACGGAGGCAGUAGCGGUGGGCGCAAGAAGCGGGAGCUGUAUUACGACGAUGAAACCUUGGAUGACAGUACGCCCGAAAUUCUUGAACCCGUCUACCAAUCUGCACCGCUGGACUACGAGGAGCUGAUGGAGGCGAUGAGUGAGGCUUAUCCGUACUAUGCGCCUGCUGGAAAUCACCUGGAGGAGAAGCGGUUUCUCGGUUCACUAGCGCGUGCCGGUAUGUUGAAUCGCUACCACCGGUGGUAUCACAAGCGUUCAGCAUGGAGCUUAGCUGACUCGUAUGAUGAUGCCGUUGACGACUACGAUGAUGAAAGUGAUAAGGAUUCUGACGAGCAAGAAAGUGAUGAAGAUGCAGAGCGUGUUUACGAGUCGCCCCAAAAGCGCCACAUUGCCUCUCUUGCACGUUCUGGAUGGUUACCCUCGUUCCGGCCAUCACGGGCAGCAGGCCGCUUCAGUCGAUCCGGAAGGGCGAGGUCGAGUUAUACCUCCAACCCGAGCGACUACGACAACCAACCGCCGCCGUUUGUAGACGAUGCGACACUAUCGGCGACGGCAACGGAUUACGAGGCGCCCCUUCUCCCUAUAUCAGCAGCAGCAGCAGCACCAGCACCAGCAGUUCCUGGGGAGCCCCCGGUCUACAGUCUACGUGGGGCUCAACACCGCCCCGAGUUACCGCGCUACACUGGCGACGUUUUCGGGACUCGACCCCGACCCUACGGCGGCGGAUCGCACGAGGAACUACCGGCGUACUACGCCGGUUCCAGUGAGGCUCCGCUGAAUCCAUUUUUCACCGAGGACGAGUACCACUGCGCUGCCCGUCUGCGCAAGCUGCUCUACUACCUUAAGAAACAGUACUACCUGGACAAUAAAUACAUACAGACGAUCUACGGACGGAAUGCUUUAAGAUACAACUAAGUAGAUUAGUGAGUUUUGGAAUUAUCAACACCCAAAAUGGAAGAAGCUGACACAGGACAAUAAUUUGCACUUGUUAAACAAAGGUAAAAAGCUGCUGACACUGUAUAUUAUUUUUUAUUAGUUUGUAAACUAGAACGGUGGCGUUUCGGGUAUCAACUCGCCGAACAAAAAGUGUGAAUCAAAACAAUGCUGUUUAAACUUAUUAUACACAUACACAUACACAUAUAUGAACUAAGACACAACAAAACAAGACAAAAAGGAGCCCCCUCGUAAGUGUUUGUAAGCAUUUAUAUACUGUAUUGAAAUGUAGACUUAGAUAAGGUAAUUACUGAAAAUUUUAAGAUAUAUUUAUCGAAUAUCAAGCUGUAGUCAACAGUAAGACAGGUAAAGUUUUGAAAUGAGUUGAUUUCCGUUAUAUCUCUGAAAAUCUUCCACUGCUUGGCUUUCUCCCAGCGGAGUAGACUUAAACUAAAAUAACCAAUAUCUCUAUUCCCAUAUCCCUUCCUUCAUAUCAAAUAGAAAAGAAAAACGAGAAAAACUGAACUUUUUAUAUUUAAGGCACACAAACAUAAGAUAUCUUCCUCCUUUUAAUAAUCCUAUUAUAUGAAAUUUUAUCCUCAUAUAUUUAUAGACUUUACAGUAUACAGAAUCUAAUAUGAAAACCAAAAGUAAACGAAACUGGUGCAACAUUAUUUGCCCACCACAGACAGGCGAAGCCGAUGGUUCUUUACAGAAAAAAAAGUGUAACCUAAGGAUGUUCAGAGAGAAACAAAAUGCUGUAUUCCAAAAAUCCCUUUCCGAUGAACAUCCCUAGAUGUGUCCCGUAAAUGUCAACAACCCCGAAAGUUCUACGGACUUUCAAAACAAUUUUCGUUUGUUUGUUUUGGUACGCAACCAUUCCGCCGUGGCUAGAACGGAAAGUGGCACCGAACAAAUCAGCCAAAAACACAGAGGCAGCUAAUAACGUAGAGGCCAUUCCGACUAAAACCCACAGAUGUCUAACAUUUAUGGGAAAGUGGUCUCUCGCCAUCAACCCGAAACUUUUUCUCCAAUGGUACAAGGGUGCCUGCCUGGGUGAGGAACCUUCCGUCAGGGUGUACAGGAAAAGGGAAAAGAAGAAGAAGAAGCG